AUGAGGGCAUCGUUGUUCCUGGUGGUUGCCUUUGCUCCACGAUCUUCCGCCGAGAACGCCACAGUAUACAUCCAGCCAGAUGAAUAUGGGGAUGAAAUCUGCUGGGAAAUCAGCAACCCUGCGGAUGAUGCUGUACUCGCAAGCGGAGGCCCAUAUGCAAAUGAGGACACUUCUCCCAAAUUUGUGGAAGUUGAUCUUCCGCAACUAUCUCCAGAAGAGUGUUACACCUUUAGCAUUUAUGACAGCGAAGCAUUGGGCCAUUACCAAGUGGACUACAACGGAACAAACUUUUCGUCCGUCUUUCCUUCCUUCCCCAAUGGCAGGUGGGAGCACACUUAUUUUGGAUCCAGCCAUUGCACAAAUCUGAGUGAUCCCCCGGCCCAAGGCCCACCAAUCUCUUCUUGUGUAACAAACAGUCCAACUUUUAGCCCCACCACAACUCCCGUCAUCGCAAACAUCACAAUCCAACCAGAUUGUUGCCCUGGUGAAAUCUCGUGGGAGAUAAAGGACUUCACAGGCUCAAUCCUUGCAUCUGGAAGUGGAGAUGAAAACGACACACUCUAUCUCCCAGAAAUAGGGCUUGAACAAUGCUACACAUUCACCAUUUACGACAGCGCAGGCGAUGGUCUUUGUUGUGAUCAUGGGAUUGGCUAUUAUGAGCUUAUUGCAUACAAUGAAACAACAAUCGUAAAUUCCAGUUUUAGGGAUGCAAGAAUGGAGUACAAGCACUUUGGAUCAGACUAUUGCACAAAUCUUCCCAUCACAAGCGCUCCUACUUUGCCCACGACAGACAUGCCCACGUCUAAACCCACAACUACACCUCCUUGCGAAGGAGAAGAGCUUGUGGCAGAAUCACAGGGAUGUCAUUCUGCGGAGGUGUGCAGAGACACGGCCCAGUCCUUGGGACUCAUUGUGGGCCACCCCGUCUUCGGCUAUGAGGGGAAUUGGUCCCUGAAGGGGUGCUUCUACUAUCCCAACAGUCAUCCCGAGUUUCCAAACCGCGUUUUCUUUGGAUCACAAGGAACCUGUGAGGAGCUUGGUGCAGCACCCAAUGAUGGCAUCGUAAGGAUCAAUUGUUGGAAUUCGACCAUUCCUGAGAUCAAUGAGUUCACGCAAGCUGUUGCUACCGGUGAUCCCUCCCUUGCACCAUCAUCAACACCGACUUUGUCCAGCACAGAACUUACCGAGUCAGUAAAGGGUUCUGUGACUUUUGAUUCGACUUUGGAAGACGAGGAUGAUUCCUUGAACAUAUGGGUUGCAAUCCUUGUAUUUACGAUCUUGCUUCUUCUCAUCUUGUGCAGCCUCAACUGUGGGUACAAACGUGGUUACCUCGAAGCCGACAAGUUUGUUGACUCGAAGAAGGUGGCUCAAGACUUCCGCAAAGAGAUGAUGGAUUCCAAUUUCCUGAUUCUGACUUUCGAGCGUGGUUGCUUUACAAGAUGGUUUUCGUGUUGCUUCCGUGAUAAAAGCCUCAUGUUGCCCGAGGAGACCCAACGAAAGGCCCUCUUCUUCACAACGCGAAUCAAGCGUCGUUGGAACCCUGCCAUGGCCUUCCUCCAGUUGUUGUUUGGCUGGGUCACUCUCAUCAGCACCAUUAUAGCCGUCAUCGAUCCUUCCAUUACAAUCAAUCUCAUUGUGGGGUCCUGUAUUAUGUUUAUGGACGAGUUGCUCCUCCAUCUUUGGUAUGGAUAUCUACGUUACCCAAAUCCUAUCACCCAGUGUUGUAGAAACCGGAAGAAGGAGAAGCAAGACAAAAGCGUCUUUGGGAAGAUGCGAAGGUUAUUCUCUAUCCUUUACCAUGGGGGUGACACAGAAGACAAGUACUCCAAGUACAUCGACGUUGUUGGGUUCCCCUUUGUUCUCAUUCAGCACGUUGGAACGCUCACUGCUUGCAUUGUUUUGUCGGUUGGGCCAAGAAGAAUCAGGAGGAUGCUUUCAGGGGAGCAAGACGAAGCUGAGGAGGAGGAAGAAGAAGUGGAGGAAGAAGAAGCAGAAGAACCACCACAAGAAACAGAGGAGCACCAGGAGGGGGAGGCAGUUGAUGAAGAAGCACCUCUGGAGGAACUGGACGAAGGACUAGAGGGCGGUGAAGAAAAUGGGGAAGACGAGGAAGAAACUAUCAAGAAAGAAAAGGACUUGCAACUGCUGGUGCCUGCGGCAGCUCUAAUUGGAGUUCUAACUGGAAGUCUUGCUUUUCCCAUCAUUUUUAUCAUUACAACGUCGGCGUAUGGGAAGGCCCUUGUCUCACUGGCGCAUUUCAUUGAGAAAGAGUACUACGAAGCCAAGCUCUUUCGAAAGAGUCUGGUCGAGUUCCUGACUGGUAUUCUUUGCAAGGCUUUCACUGACUUCGUUGGUGUUCAAGACUUUGGAACUGAGAACGAUGGAUUCGUUGACUUCCUCAAGCAUGUCGUGAAAUGGAAGUAUGAACUCGAAAUACUGGAUACGGAAGACCUUGAUGAUGCCUCGCAAGCUCUCGCAAACACAACCAAGGGGGGACUGCUCGUCAACAGUGCAGGUGGGUCAAACAGAUCUGUCACUCAUAGCCCCACCGAGAGAGACGAAACGGAAAGGCAGCCAGACCAGACCCUAACGAAAGCCCCCGCCCCAACAAGAGAGGCGCCAGGAGUGAUGCCCCCAGCCAGCGAGUCAACUACCCCUGCCCAAACGGCUGAGCCAGCCACUUGUCUCUCAAACGAUAUGGAUAGGCCGGACCAGCCCUCAACGAUCGUGCCCUUCGAAUCCCCAACAGCAGAGGAGUCCCCAGCCCCUGACUCCACCAAGGACCCUCCCCAUACAGCCGAGCCAGCCGAUUUUCCAUUUUCAUUGGUCCCAUACGAGCAAGAAGACCGCCUUAUUGCUGUCUGUAAAUGCCACAAUCAAGAGAUCUGUGAGGAAUGCUGUUCCGACUACAGCCUAAUGAAUGAGUUGGCGGGAAGCAGUGACUAUCUUGAUGUGAAGGACCAGCCCGCCCCUCGGUUAGAGGUUACUGCGGAGGUUGUGGGGGACUUUGUGCAGAAACUACCAACGCCCAGCAACCCCACGAACCAGGAAUUGUCCGCGCGGGCACACGACUUGGCAGCUGGGCUGGUCCAGGAUUCUUCGAGGACGCAGCAUGAAAUCGUUGAACGUAUGGCCUGUGUUUGCUUUAUCAAACGCAACUCCUCUCCUCUGGAGAUAAGAAAUGACUUCUCCCCUGCUGUUGACAAGGCCACACAGAGUCUCGUGGAAGCAAUGGAAGCAACUCGUCACAGUUGAUUUCGCAGCUUGAACAAAAGAUGGGACCAGGCCCAACUCCGAAAUGACCAGAGCUACACCGUAUGACGCAACCAAAUGGAGAAUUGCAUCAUUCGGGCCCCUUCCUAUAAUUACCACCAACUAUACAACCUAAACAACAACAGAGAUGAGCCACGGCCGACAAAACAACAGAAACAAACCAAGCAAGUCUACAUUUCCCCCUUCAUGCAACGAACAGACGAAUAAAAGCGUCUCCCCAGCAAGAGGAGUCACAGGUCAUCUUCAAAAACCUAUUCGUGGAUAUAUUAAACCCCAUCGAAAGAAAUGUAAUUCUCGA